AUGCAGAUAAUAAGUGCAUGCAACCCAGGCCUUCCUACGGGGAGCUGGAAACUUGUCAAGGUCUUUGACAAUACCGUAACAGUAGACGGUGUGGUGACGAAACGUGCCACAACGCAAGUAAUGCUGUUACUAACAAACGAUUCUCUAGAACCUUUGGCGAAAAGCGAAGGUAUGAUAAACUAUGGUUUUGGCAAGGUUAAGGUCAGAACCUAUAAAACAGAUGCUGAUGCCAUCGACCAAUUGGCCUCAGAAAUUGAGGCCAAUAACGCUGAGGAAGAUCCUAUGGAGUCCUCAAGCGAUGUCGAAAGCAUCGACAUAGAAGGAUACUGCUCGUCAGGGUCUGAGCUCACAGCUAGACUCAAGAAAAUGAGUAUAAGUACGACAACUGAGCUUACAGCUGGUUUGAUAAGCUAG